AAAAGACUUGUCCCCAAAUCCCAAACCCUAACCCGAAGUGACCACGGCGAAGAGCGACUCGGAGUGGAAGAUAGCGGCCGCGGAGGCUAACCCUAACCCGAAGAUGGCGGCGGCGGAGGAGAGCAAAUGGGAGGAGUGGAAUAUGGUGGCGGCCGAGGAGAGCAAAGGGGAGGGGAGCUGCUCCACCUCGAUUCAUCAGGUCGCCCCCGGCAAGGAUUUCGUCAAUAUUCCCUUCUAUGCCGACGAGGGCCCUGCCUGGUCGCUGCUCGUCGGCGUCACGAGGGGCGACCUACGCUUCCACCGUCUUCGCGUGGCGAGAUCAGGGCGGAUCUCCGGUCGGAGCAACGAGGUGCUGGAGAUCUUUCACGACCUCAAAAAGCCGCCGGGGUGCAGCUUGAGGGCCGACGCCGCCUUGGCUCCAGACGGCCGCUCCCUCUGCGUCGUGCAGCAGGUGGAGAACGAGCAAACCCACGCCCUGCAGCUGCAGCUGGAAGCCGAGGAAAAGCUGCGGCCCCUCCCUCCGCUGGCUUGGAGAUCGCUUGGCCGGUGCAUGCCCAUCUCCGCGGACGGCCACAUAUGGGCGGUGUCCGCGAUCCAGCUUUCUGUCUCCAGUUUCCACCUGGUCAUGCAACGCCUCUUCACCCAAGAGGAAGAGGAUGCAGCGGGAGGUCGUUGGGAGCUGGUUGGCAGACCCUUCAAGGAAGAUUGCAAAUUCGACCGCUCCCUCCCCACCUGGGAUGGUAGCUUCCUCCAGGGCUACGUGGUGCUCCCUGGCCAUGGCCUGGAUGGGGGCACGCUGAUUUUGCUCUCCCUCCAAAAUGGCCUUUUCUUCACCUUCGAUUGUUCGGCCACCCCGGAGAUCCAGUGGACCAAGGUAACCCACACUUCAGACGAGUACUACCUCCCUAUCAAUGGCCGUGGCUUGUACGCACAAGAAAGCAAUGCCAUCUACAUGCUCUGGAACAACGUGGUCUACGAAUACAAGCUCACGGUGGUAGAUGAAGAGGAAGAGAGAGGGCUGACAAGGCUCAAGCUGCAUCCACCUGCGAGGAUUGACUCUGUUUGUCCUUUCAUUACAUUGAAAGGAGAUGGCUUCCUCACCCAUCUGGGCUGGGGGGUCAUGUGCUCUGUGUGGAUCAGCCUCGACCUCUCAUGCGGGUGUGACUACCUACAUGCCAUUGUUACCACCUUCCAAAUUGGUCCCCUGCCCGGGGAUGUCAAGGUCCUCCACUCCACCUUCCGUCGGGUGGACAUGUUGCCCAUGAAACACAUGGAUGAAUUUAAAUUAUGCUUUGUGCAAGAGUAUAUGGACGACAAGGUGUUGCCUCAACUCCAGGAAGAAGUCCUUGAUGAUCCUUGCAGGCAUUAUCUCCCACCAAGUCCUCCUAAGUACGUGAAGCCACAUAUCCAUAUUGACAAGGAUCUCUUGUUUAUUAUCUGCCAAGGUUGUUCACAAUCAUUUAUCUAUAGAUAUGAAAUCAAGAUGGAUGAGAUUCCAAUGUUAGAAAGAGCCCCUCCUCUCAAACCACAUUACAUUGUACAUGGAGAUGAUGAUGGUCCCAGGCACUUUUUUCUGAGUAGCUCAAAACUAUGUGCCAUCUCCUUCCUAAAAGAUGGCAUGGAUGUGUUUAAUCUGGACACCACAAGUCACACUAUGGAUAUACUUGCACGCCGACCUGUUUCCGUUGAUCCUUUUGUUAUGGUUAUCCGAGUUGGUCGAGCAACUUUUGCUCUUACCGAGACUCUCCAAGUUUACCGCAAGGCCUACCGUGUUUCUCCUCCUGGAUCCACCUCAUGGGUGCGCUAUCACACAAACCAGUCUAAUGUUCUUGACAGGAAGGUCAAGCUCUCGGGAUAUGUAGCAGUGGGUGAUGAUUCCUUUAUAGUCUCUGAUAGUGUCACAUGUUCUUGUCUUCUCUUUGAGGUGGGCGCCAAGCAGUGGCAUGUUGUCAUACCUUGGACUCAAUGGGGAGAAUACCUACCAAGGCCUAUGCCUAGACACAGCCUUUUAAAGGGCGCAUGUGUGUUUGUUGAUGGUUUUAUCUACACAUGCUCAAAUUGCGGGCUUGCUGCUUAUGAACUACUCUUUGAAAAUGAUCAUGUGUACCUCAAAGGCCCAAUCUUUUUGCCAUUCUCAUGGUUGAGUAAACAAUGGGAGAGUGAAAGAAUGUCUUUGGAUUAUGCUGGCAAAGAGGUGGACUCUGGUGCCAUCUUGCUUUGGGUGGUGCAAGGUGUGCAAGUUCAAUAAAGACCACCCAAGAAUCAGCUAUGGAUAACGGCAGUCCGGGUUGAGACUGAGGAAACGCCUGUAAGAGCAUGAGACCGGUGGAAAUUAAACAUGUCCUUUGUGCCACACCUCUGGUUGAUCAAGUCGAAGGAAUUGAUCAGGAGGAAGUAACCAGAACCACAUGCUUUGGGGUUUCUUCUUGAUUCGGCAGAUUGAUGGGGAGCAAGCAUUUAUUAGUACCCUAUUACCUUAUGCUUUAUUCUCUCAUUUGACCAGUGACAAAGUGAACUUGUAUGCAAUUUAUUAGUACCCUAUAUUACCCAAUGCUUUAUUCUCUCA